AUGAACUAUACGCAAGAUUUGUUGUUUGGCUCAGCGCCGAGUUAUGUGCGCAAAGAACAAUCUCACAACGACUACAACAAAGGCAGCAACAUCUGCUCGAAACACAUUGUCGUACAGGGUAUCGACAUACCUCGGGACAUGACAAUUACUCAGAGAGGUUUCAUGGGGCUCCCAUUCCUCUCAAACAUCACAUCCAACUCCCCGAUAGACGAGUUCAAGGCAACCAGCGCUCGAGACGAGUUAGAUUCCUGGGCAAAUCUACUUCGUCGAUAUGAGCCAGGCGAGAGCAUGGCCAGCUUGAUUAAGAGCUGUUCUUCAUGGAUCAACAUGAGCCAGCUCGAUCCUUCUUUGGAGAAUCUCACACACGUCAAACUGGCACACACUAUAUACGAAACCCUUAAAAACGCCAACUUCGACUGGUGGGCUAAACGGUGUCGUUAUAAAGCUUACGAGGAAGAUUCUGAAGCCGACGAUCUUCCUUUCUCGCGCUCGCGCUGGCCAAGCCCCCCUCUCGGCACUUCAACAACCAUUGAGUUCCAAUGGAACUCCGACACAAAAGUUCUCUGUUGGGUCGACAUGACCACAAACGAGACAGUGCAGAUCUCCUUCGAGCAGUUCACCGAUGGUACUGGGAUUCUCGAGUCCAUGGAGGAUCACGAAGCCUUCAACCGUUGGAUUGAACUCCGCAAAAGGCACACAUCAAAGCUCCGCAAGGAGUACACAUUAAAACGCUUGGGAACAACAAUUUACCGCCCCAGAGCCCAGAAGCCCACCGAGGCUGCAACCCGGCGUGCACCAGCUACAAAGAAGACUAGAGAGGGGUGCAAGAUGGGGAAGGGAAGGAAGAACUAA